AUGCCAACUCAAGAAGGCCGAGUCACCAAGCUCAAAGCCCGGCGAUCUCAAACGUCUGCACAACGCGUCUCCAGCCAAAAAAGUCUUCCUUUAGUCGAGCGUACAAACGCGCUAAGCAUCCAAGACUUCAUCUCAUACCACGUGUCUCCACAUAAAGAUGCAUCACCAAACCAAGCCACCAAAACCGAACCAGUCACUGAAACAGAUCCAGUACUGCCAAAAUUGCCGCAACAAAGCAAUGCGCCAAGCGACACGUCGCUGGAUGUUUACUCCGCCGCAACCAUCUCUACCGCAGAUUUAAAAGCAUGUCUAGAUCUAGUCGAGCUCACAUCCAGCGAAGACUAUGCUGCCUCCGGCGCGGGCUGGUCUCGGCCUAAGAAGCGGAAGGAGAUGAAACUACCGGAUAUGAAAUACCUAGUCCUGCGCGACUGCGCGUCCUCGGCUGAUAUGCGGCAAGCCGAUGUUGGUGCCGGUACCGAGAAAGCCGACAAGCCGAAGAUUAAGGCAAGAAGUUUUGGGAAUGCGAAUGGCGGUCUGGAAGGAAGCGCGGAUGAGCACGCCAAAAAGCACAGCGGUGUUCUCGGCUUUUUGUCUUUUAUGGUUACCUAUGAAGAUGGGAAAGAGGUGGUUUACUGCUACGAAAUCCAUUUAACGGUAGCGGGCCGGGGGCGCGGGCUUGGGGCUUUGCUGAUGGAUCGGAUGGAGGAGAUUGGUCGGUCGGUCGGAGUGGAGAAGGCUAUGCUUACGGUUUUUAGAUCUAAUGUGGUUGCGUGCAGGUUCUAUGAGAAGAUCGGGUAUGUGGUUGAUGAGUAUUCGCCUCAGCCGAGGAAGUUGCGGAAUGGGACGAUCAAGGAGUUUGAUUAUAUGAUUUUGUCGAAGCGUUUAAAGUGA